GUGAAAGGAAGAGGGAAAUAUAAAAGGUGAAUCACAGAGGACGCUGUUGGGACUUGUUGGAAAUGCAGCGACUGAAACCAAGACAUGGAACAAGAACAUGAAAUGUCUCUGUUACAUAAAAAUGAUUAUGUUGCUCCAUGCAAGGAUUCUGGACAAGCCCAUCAAGACACUAAACAGACUCCAGCUGCACCAAGAGUGGAUGUGUAUAGGCUGAUCGCCAUCACUGUUGGACUCAUGUGUGCUCUUCAAGCAGCUCUGAACAUUUCUCUGGGCUUUGCUCUCUAUGUUAGAGUCAAUAACAAAACUCUAACACAGGAGGUAAAUGAGCUGAUGGCCAGCAUUGGCUUAGGCUCUGGUUGUGCAUGUGGACUGACAAACCGUCUUGAAGAAGGAGGAAACUGGAAGACUGCUGUCCAUGAACUGAAGGCCCAAAACCAGAAUCUGACUAAGGAGAACGACGAGCUGAAGAGGAAACUGACGGUCUUAAUCUCGGAGUAUCAUGUAAUGACUGCAGCAAGAGACGACUUAAAGAGGCUCAAUUUGGAGACCAAGGACGUUAAUAAAAACCUGACUCAAGAGAAAAAUGACCUGAAGACACAGUUGAAGGAUUUAGUUUUACAGCAUAUUUCCCUGACAGAAGAGCGAGAUGGGCUUAAGACCAUAAACUCUGACAUCAGGGCCAACAACAAGAAUCUGACUGAUGAAAGAGAAGAGCUGGAAAAGAAGAUGAAAGACUUUGAAUUGCAGCUUAACUCCCUGACAGAAGAAAACAACAAGUUAAAGAUGAACAAUUCUAGAACAGAGGUUAGAGUGAAAAACCUGACUGAAGAGAGAGACAAGCUCAACAGAACCUUGAACGAUGUGGAAGACAAGUAUAAGAACACAACUGUGGAAAAGAGUGAACUGCAGAGGAAGUUGAAUGACUUUGUUUUUCUGCACAAUUCCUUGACCGUACAAAGAGACGACUUGAAGAGGACGGUUGCAGAUUUGGAGAUGAAGUCAAAGGUCCUGAUGGAGGAAAGAGACGCUCUGCAGACGAUGCUGAACACCAGCACUUCACAGAAAACUGCACUGAGCACAGAGAGAGACUCACUGAAGAGGACAAACUCUGCUAUUGAGGAAAAAUCCAAAAGGCUAACGUCGGAAAAAGAGGAUUUGAGCAGGAGGCUGAAUUCAUGCACUUCACAGAAAACUGCUCUGACUGCAGAGAGAGACUCACUGAAGAGGACAAACACGGACACCCAGGAGAAAUUGACAAGACUUCAGUCAGAAUUUACCAAGCAGAGAGCAGAGCUUCACUCAAACACUUUGCAGCUUACAGCUUUGAGACGUGAGAGAGAUGAACUGCAGACCAAACUGACUGUCUUUGCUGCACAGGAAAUUUCUCUGACUAAAGUGAAAGAUGAACUGAACCAGACCAUCACCGUGAUGGAGGCCAAGUCCAAAAGUCUGACAGCUGAACGAGACGAGAUGAUGGGGAGCCUGAAAACCUGCACUUCACAGAAAACUGCGCUGAGCACAGAGAGAGACUCACUGAAGAGGACAAACUCUGCUAUUGAGGAAAAAUCCAAAAGGCUAACUUCAGAAAAAGAGGAUUUGAGCAGGAGGCUGAAUUCAUGCACUUCACAGAAAACUGCUCUGACUGCAGAGAGAGACUCACUGAAGAGGACAAACACGGACACCCAGGAGAAAUUGACAAGACUUCAGUCAGAAUUUACCAAGCAGAGAGCAGAGCUUCACUCAAACACUUUGCAGCUUACAGGUUUGAGACGUGAGAGAGAUGAACUGCAGACCAAACUGACUGUCUUUGCUGCACAGGAAAUUUCUCUGACUAAAGUGAAAGAUGAACUGAACCAGACCAUCACCGUGAUGGAGGCCAAGUCCAAAAGUCUGAAAGCUGAACGAGACGAGAUGAUGGGGAGCCUGAAAACCUGCACUUCACAGAAAACUGCACUGAGCACAGAGAGAGACUCACUGAAGAGGACAAACUCUGCUAUUGAGGAAAAAUCCAAAAGGCUAACGUCGGAAAAAGAGGAUUUGAGCAGGAGGCUGAAUUCAUGCACUUCACAGAAAACUGCUCUGACUGCAGAGAGAGACUCACUGAAGAGGACAAACACGGACACCCAGGAGAAAUUGACAAGACUUCAGUCAGAAUUUACCAAGCAGAGAGCAGAGCUUCACUCAAACACUUUGCAGCUUACAGCUUUGAGACGUGAGAGAGAUGAACUGCAGACCAAACUGACUGUCUUUGCUGCACAGGAAAUUUCUCUGACUAAAGUGAAAGAUGAACUGAACCAGACCAUCACCGUGAUGGAGGCCAAGUCCAAAAGUCUGAAAGCUGAACGAGACGAGAUGAUGGGGAGCCUGAAAACCUGCACUUCACAGAAAACUGCACUGAGCACAGAGAGAGACUCACUGAAGAGGACAAACUCUGCUAUUGAGGAAAAAUCCAAAAGGCUAACGUCGGAAAAAGAGGAUUUGAGCAGGAGGCUGAAUUCAUGCACUUCACAGAAAACUGCUCUGACUGCAGAGAGAGACUCACUGAAGAGGACAAACACGGACACCCAGGAGAAAUUGACAAGACUUCAGUCAGAAUUUACCAAGCAGAGAGCAGAGCUUCACUCAAACACUUUGCAGCUUACAGGUUUGAGACGUGAGAGAGAUGAACUGCAGACCAAACUGACUGUCUUUGAACGCUACUCAAAACAAAGUUGGACCUAUUUUAGUGGAAGCUUUUAUUAUAUUUCUACAACCAAGAAAUCGUGGCGUGACAGUCAAUAUGACUGUUGGGGAAAAGGUGCAGAUUUGGUCAUCAUUGACAACAAGGAAGAAAAUGCAUUUGUAAGGAAGUUUCAGAAGAAGCUGUGGAUCGGUCUGAGUGACAGACUGAGGGAAGGCAGCUGGAUCUGGCAAGAUGGAACUCCAUUAAGGACAAGCUUUUGGUACCCAGGAGAACCCAACAAUUUUAGAGGCACAGAAGAAGACUGUGCAGAAACAAAGUAUUAUGACUAUGAAAACAGCUGGAAUGAUGUUGAGUGCACAAAUGCAAACUUCUGGAUGUGUGAAAAGAAAACUGGUGUUUAAACAAACAAAAUGCUUCUGUGUUACAUGGAGGUUAAAAAUGUUAAGCACCUUCUACUGAAAUAUGUUAUCUCUGCUUUAAUUGUUUUUACAUAGAUUAGCAAAUUUGAAUCGAGAAAUUAAUAAGCUUUUGUACAAGUUCAGUUUUGAUUUCCAAGCAGGGAAAAAAGACCUAUGAUUUUAUGGUUGCAGCCAAAUGUGAAUCUUUUCAGCUGAAUAAAGAAUAUUUACAAUCAGUUUGUCUUCUUGAAGUCUUCUCACAGACAUUUCUGAAAACUUUUUCAGCCCUGUGGCUGAUGCAUGGUGGUUGAUAUUUGUCACCUUGUCACCAUGACUCUUCCUAUGGCCUUUAUGAGUUCACUUUGUCUCACUUCCAUGUCUUCUAUUCGUAGGUCCUCACUGAACAACCUUCAAGUGAUCCUUGUGUCCCUAGAGAAAUCGCAAUAAAUGAAUUUAAACGCU